AUUGCUUUCGUCCACGUCCACCCCAAAUACGAAUUAAAAUACAGGGCAAAGAAGUAAAGGGCAAAAGCCAUUCUCCAUUCUGCAUGCGUCCCUUGUUAUCUUUCCUACGCCGCCUCUCCUUUGGAUUUUUCAUUCCAUUAAGUUCAUGGGCACUCUGAUCUUGUUCAUCCUCUUCUCGGCAUUGUUUGCUCUGGCAACAUCCACAAAUCCCACUUUGAGCGAAGGUUUGUCUCUCUCCAGCGAGAACCAGGAAGAUGUUUUGACUUCGCCGAAUGGAGUGUUCUCCGCUGGCUUUUACCAAGUCGGUGAGAAUGCUAAAUGCUUUGCCAUAUGGUUCGCCUCCCGACCCUCUAGGAUUCAGGACCGCACCGUUGUCUGGAUGGCCAAUCGAGACCAACCGGUUAACGGAAGGAAAUCGAAGCUCUCCCUGCUCAGAACCGGUAAUCUUAUCUUAACCGACGCCGGUAAGUUCACCGUCUGGGAGACAAACACUAUUUCUAUCUCGUCUUUAGAGUUAGUUCUUAACGAUGCUGGUAAUCUUGUUCUACAAACUUUGGGAGGUGAAAGUUUGUGGGAAAGCUUCGACUUUCCCACAGAUACCUUGCUUCCCCAGCAAUUACUAACUAGAAAGACACAUCUUGUCUCCUCGAGAAGCCAGACCAACUAUUCCUCUGGCUUCUACAAGCUCCUUUUCGAUAAUGAUAACGUCCUCUGCCUUCUUUACGAUGGGGCUAAGGUUUCCGGUAUUUACUGGCCUAAACCAUGGGUUUUGCCCUCGCAAGACGGAAGGUUCGCGUACAACAGCAGUAGAAUCGCAGUGCUUGAUUCCUUUGGGAACUUUAGUUCUUCCGAUAACUUUACAUUUUUGUCAGCCGACUAUGGGCAAUUGCUCAAUAGAAGAUUGACACUUGAUUACGAUGGUAAUCUUCGGUUGUACAGUUGGGACGAGGAGGACGAGAUGUGGGCUGUUUCAUGGCAGGCCUUUCAGGCACCUUGUAUUAUUCAUGGUGUUUGUGGGGCUAACGGUGUGUGCAACUAUGUUCCUGGUAUUGGCAGAAAGUGCUCGUGUCUUCCAGGAUAUAAGAUGAUAAAUCAUACCGAUUGGUCUCAAGGGUGUGAACCCGAAUUGGAUCUCUCUUACGGGAAAAACGAUGGUUUUUUGCCGCUAUCCCAUCUUGAUUUCUAUGGUAAUGAUUAUAAUAACAACCCUGAUCGUUAUACACUCGAUGGAUGCAUGAAGUUAUGCUUGGAAUCGGCCAAGUGCAAAGCAUUCCAAUACACCUUUGAUACGAAUCAUGGUUUUUCAAAAUGUUACCCCAAGAUUAAAUUGAUGAAUGGCCAUCGUUCCCCCCAAUUUAAAGGAAGCUUCUAUCUGAGAGUGCCGAAAAAAGAUCUCCCAAAUCUCCUCUCGAAUGCCAAUCUUGCAGAAGAAAUCGGUUUAAAUUGUUCAAGUGAAGCUCCCCUGCAACUGCAAAGAAAAUACAUAAAAAACCGGGAAAACGAGACCAUAAAAUUCAUGCUGUGGUUCGUAUGUGGAUUAGGAGGACUAGAAAUUCUGGGUAUCGUUUUGGUGUGGUGUCUCUUCCUUAGAACCCCCAAAAGUCCAAGUGCAGACAAGCAAGGCUAUCUUCUUGCUAUCACUAGAUUCAGAAAAUUUACAUAUUCGGAGCUCAAGACGGCCACAAAUGGUUUUACUGAGGAGAUUGGAAGAGGUGCAGGAGGGAUUGUGUACAAAGGGGUGUUGGCAGACAAUCGAGUUGCAGCAAUCAAGCAACUCUAUGAAGCCAACCAAGGAGAAGAAGUAUUUCUAGCAGAAGUGAACAUCAUUGGUAGGCUUAACCACAUGAACUUGAUAGAAAUGUGGGGUUACUGUGCCGAGGGAAAGCAGCGGCUUUUGGUAACGGAGUACAUGGAGCAUGGUUCACUGGCAAACAACCUCUCUUCCAAUACACUUGACUGGAAGAAACGGUUUGAAAUUGCUUUGGGCACUGCAAAAGGCCUGUCUUAUUUGCAUGAAGAGUGCUUGGAGUGGGUUUUACACUGCGAUAUAAAACCUGAAAACAUAUUCCUAGACUCUGAUUAUCAACCAAAGGUUGCAGAUUUUGGCCUGUCCAAACUACAAAGCAGAGGAGAAUCCAACAAUCCAAGUUUCUCAAGGAUGAGAGGAACCCGCGGAUACAUGGCUCCGGAGUGGCUAUUUAAUCUAUCCAUCACCUCUAAAGUAGAUGUUUAUAGCUACGGGAUUGUUGUGUUGGAGAUGGUGACUGGAAAAGAGGCAGCAAAGGGUGUCCAUGACAUAGAGAGUGGAGAGCAGCCACAGCACAAAAGGCUUGUUUCAUGGGUGAGGGAAAAGAAGAACAGGGCGGCUUUAACUGAGUCCUGGCAUGAAGGGAUCAUAGACCCAAGGUUGAAAGGCGAAUAUGACAUACGAAAGAUGGAAACUCUGAUUGCGGUUGCUCUGCAAUGUGCAAAGGAAGAAAAAGAUGCAAGACCUAGCAUGAGAGAAGUCGUUGAGAUGCUUUUGGCCCAAGAAAAUGAUCAUUAGGAUGGUAAUAUGUGACACGACUCGUGCACUCAAUACAAAUAAAACACGGAAUUAGUGUGUUUGAGUUUGAUAUAAAUGGGUUAAGAUCAAAAUGGGUUAAACCAUUAAGACAUGAUUAAUAAACGAGUCAAUCUGUCUUGCCCGAAAUCAUCCCAAAAUAAUCAGUUUAAAUAUUAUUUCAAAAUUACAACUUUGUUAUUUUUGGAUUGUAAUAUUAGUAUUUAUCAAAAUGCUUAUGUUGUUAUGUUGGACUAUAUGAGUGGUUUUAUUAUUAGUUAAAAGAUGAAAAA